AUGUUGAAACAUUAUUACAAACGAACUCUUGCGUCUUCAUCACUAAGCCACCAAAAGCUUCUUGCUGAGUAUUUCAAGAGGAACAUUAUUGAUUCAGGUAGUACUAUUGGUUCCCGAUUCAUACCAAUGACCGAGCUCACUCAUUUCCCAAUCAUGCAACUGAAAUACUCUGGUUUUGUUUCUCUCGGAAUGAGUUAUCAUACCCAUCGGAAUCAACAUCAACAACAGAGAACUUAUAGAUCCACCUCGUUUCAUCAUCGCAAUGAAUACAGAAAAACGUUGGUCAAAUAUGCUCUCAUGCUUUCUCUGACUCUUCCGAUCAUACUCAUGCUUGGAUCCAAAUAUUUAUUAAUUCAUUUAACUCAAGAAGAGAUGCAGUUAUGGAAUUCCAUCAUCAAGCCUAUAGAUUCUAUUGAUCAAAUAUUUUAUAACGAAGAAACAACCACUGAAAAAGCAAUUAAUGAAGAACGAACAACGGAAAUGGCAGCAACCAUGGAUGAGGGCCCUCUUCAUCGUUUGAUGAAAACAACAGUAGUGGAUCAUAAUAUCUAUGAAUUUACUUCAGAGAAUAUUCGCAACAAAAUACUGGACAUGAUUUCAGAAUCCAUCCAGAAGGUCAAACAGACGUGCGAUUUUUUUGAAUUGGAUGAUGUUGAGAGUCUGAAAAGUAAAAUUAAAACCAUUGCAAUCGAUAAGAGACAAACUCGAUCGUUAAUAGUGUGGAGAGGAGAAACUAAUAAUGAUGAGGUUAAAAAAGAUUUUAAAUUAUUUAACACAAAAGGAAUUUUAUUUAUUCACGCACCUGUCAUGACUAGUAAGGGAGUCGUUUUCAUACGAACAGGUGUACAAGUUUCGGACAUGAAUAAUAUGACCAUGCAUCCGUAUAGGAUUGACGUGUGUCAAGUUGAAGUUAAGCAUUAUGAUCGAAACACACCUGAAGAUAAAACACCAACCAGAGUUGUGUUUAACAGGGGAUUCAGGGAUGAAGAAGACGAUACUUCAAUUUUACCAGUUUCCUAUGAACAAUUAUCAGUACUCUUUGAGGAGUAUUCAUAUAUCAAGUGUGCAAAAAUUCCAACACCUAAUCACGUGAUUGAAAUUUCAUCUAUUGAAAAACCAGUGACCACCAAUGCUUAUGGAUACGAGUUUAGUGAUUCGUAUGAGUCUGGAAAUCAAUUGAAAUUAGUAAGGGUUACAAAAUAA